UUUCCUCAAGAAUUGGAUUAUUCCGUUGAAACGAGUCUUAAUCCUCUCUCACCUCCAGUCUCCACAAAAGUUUUAACUCCAAUCUCUGCAAUACCUUUGACGGGACCCAUAACCGAACCACUGGUCGGUUCACUGUCCGAGCCUUUUGUUAAGGCUGUGGUUGUGUUGAGGAGUAAUGGUCUGACUCACGGAGUGAUUCAUUUGGUGCAAGUGGGCGAUGGGCCCACCCAUAUCUCGGGCCAUAUUAUCGGCUUAACUCCACUCUAUUCGCAUGGAUUUCAUUUCCAUGAGAAGCCGGUGACCGUUGACUGUGAGAGCGCUGGAGAGCACUAUAACCCGACUCAUGAAACACACGGCGGACCCAAUGACCCGAACGCUCACAUCGGAGAUCUCGGCAAUAUUGAGGCCGACCUCAAAGGCAUCAGUAGAGUCCACAUUAUCGAUUAUAAAGUGUCUCUCAUUGGCAAAUACAGUGUUAUCGGUCGCUCAUUAGUAGUGCAUAAAUAUACGGAUGAUUUAGGCGCCGGACUUAAUAGAGAGAGCAGAACUUCUGGAAAUUCCGGGGGACGGCUGGCCUGUGGCACCGUUCGCUUUGUUAAAUACGUUAAACCAUGA